CCCCGCCGUCCAUCGACUACCACUGCUGAGAAGCUAGCCUAGUGUGACCAUGCCGACGUCCUUGGAGCAAGCGGUGGCUGCUAUUGUGUGUACCUUCCAGGAGUACGCAGCUCGGGAGGGGGACAAGUACAAACUCUCCCAAUGCGAGCUGAAAGAGUUGUUGCUGAAGGAGCUGCCCACUUUAGCCCCGACUCGACUCCGGGAGUGUGACUACAACAAUUUCUUGAGCGCGCUGGAUACUAACAAGGACUGUGAGGUGGAUUUCUCUGAGUACGUCCGAGCCCUGGCCUGUCUCUGCCUCUACUGCCAUGAGUACUUCCGGGACUGCCCCCCUAACCCUCCUUGUCCUUAGUCACCCCAUAAGUGAGAUGGACCAGGGAUGGGGGAACAAAAAAGUGAACUGAUGCAUGGAAAAGACCUACAAGUUGGGUGUCAUGUCCCUGUCUACCCGCACGUUGUCUUGUGGAGACUGGAUGGUCACUUGUCAGCUCUGUGGAAGACCAGAUUCUCCUUUGGGAAUGGGUUGGAUUGCAUAGCCUUUGAGGUCUCAUAAUCUAAACAUCCCUUGAUCCGUCUCAGUUUUCAGUUUGAUCUCUGACCCUUAGGAAAUUAAUUUCCCUUUCCAGCUUCCAUCUCUGUCACUUCCCCUAGGCUCCCCCACCUUGGACCUGUGGUAUUCUAUUAUAAUGUGAGAAUACACUAGGAACGUACUUUGGAGAUGUAAAGAGCAGACAUAGAGAGAUGGUGGGGUUAGCAGGAACAAGGGACUAGGGAGGGAUGAAAUCCCUUUCACUGUUCCUAAGCUCACCAUUGUGAAAGAUCUCUCAAUAAAUAUGGCUGUUGU